AUGCCGAAUGAUGAGUUUGAAGCGGAGAGACUUGAUAUGGCCCACGCCAUGAUGGUUCGGGCUAUCGGGAACAGACUCUUUCUCGCUCCAAUCGAGAAGGGCAAGGUCCAUGAAAUCCUCGACAUAGGCACAGGCACCGGAAUCUGGGCUGUCGAGAUGGGAGACAUCUUUGAGAAUGCCGAGGUCACUGGCAUCGACUUGAGCGCCAUCCAGCCAUCCUGGGUGCCCUCCAAUGUCAGGUUUGAGAUUGACGACGUUGAAAGCCCGUGGCUUCAUGAGCAAAAGUUCGACUUCAUUUUUUGCAGAUUCAUGGCUGCCGCCAUUGCGGAUUGGCCGAAGCUGGUUAAGAACAUCUUUGACCACCUAAACCCGGGCGGAUGGGCAGAGUUCCACGAGAUGGACCCGGAGAUUUACUCAGAUGACGGGACAUACACCGAAAAACAUGCGACCUGGGCUUGGAACCAGACCUUCCUGAAGACUAUGAGAGACAUCGGACGUGACCCUUGUCCCGGACCCCAACUUGAGGGAUGGGUUAGGGAGAGAGGGUUUGAAAACGUAUACCACCAGGCAUACAAGGCUCCCCUUGGACCUUGGCCAAAGGAGGCUUAUUACAAAGAUCUAGGCAUCAUCAACUUGGCACAAAUGCUCGAUGGCUUAGAGGGCUUCACCUUGAGGGUGUUUUGCGGAGUGCUCGAUCGGACUCAGGAGGAGGUCCUGGUCGAGACCGCGGGCGUGCGCAAAGAGAUGAAGGAGGGUGCCUAUCACGGCAUCUAUGACCUUCAUGUGGUCUAUGGACAGAAGCCCCUUGCGGUGGCCGAGGCCGAGACUUCUCAUGCCAACGCCUGA